ACAUCCAAUUUAAGAAAUAACAUUAUCGCAUACCAAUAAUAUUUUUCCCCAUAAUAAAUUUCUUGCUUUCAAAUAAUAAAAAAUGAAAAAAGGAUAAGAAAAGAAGAACAAAAAAGGAACAGGGUGGGAGAGGAAGGAAGAAAUGGUAAUAUCAAUAAUGACGAGGUUUUAAUGAUCGAAACUGAUUCUGACAAAACAAAACAAAGUCAGUCAGAGUUAAUAUUAUCUAACUUUUUGACUUUUCACACCUAAUAGUAGCCUAAUCUACUUUGCCAACCAAAUCCAUACAGCAUGGGAUAAGGAUGUGAUAUUUAGGGGUUGUUUGGAAAUUGCGAUAGUUUUGUUGAGAUUGUCAUUAUGUAUGUAUUGUUUACAAUGCAUCGUUUUUUAGUUUUUUUUUCUUUGAUGUGACAAAAACUAUCACUCAUUUUGAGUGAUUGUUAUAUCUCAACUUUUAGUUGUGAUUGUUGAGAUAGUUGAGUUGAGAUUGUUUUGUCUCAGCUUUUAGCUGAUGCGACAUACACGAUUACACAUACCAAACGUUGUAUUCUACAAUGCAUCAAAUUCGACAAUACAUGUUUAAUAUUAUACAUGUAUUCUAAACAAUACAUCUAUUUAACAAUCGUAACUUCCAAACGACCCUUUAGAACAAGAAAGAAAGUACUCAUAAUACACUUUCACUCCCCCCUUUUCAAAAUAAUAUGCUGGCCAAAUUUUGUUUACAAGGGUAAUAUAAAUUCUUUCAAUUGUUGGGUAUUAUUUAAAAAAAUCGAACAUGAGAUUUUUAGGUUAAAAAUCAACUAUAUCUGCAUGCAGCGGCGGAUGCAGGGGGAGCCGCGGGCUGCGGCCCAGCCCUCCUAUGGAUCAAACCUAGUAUAGCACUUGGAUUUUUUUUUCCGGUAUUCGCUUAAAUAUUCGUCGAGCUACGGCCCAACCCAUUCUGCCUCUUUUUAAAACGUGGUCGCUGCCUGCAUGUUGAACAGAGUUUUAUUCCCGCUUUGAAUACAAUCUCUUUUUAUGUGAGUCUUUAAUUGAUUCUUAUUAUCAUAUGUAUGUUCGCAGAGUUACAAGACAUACUGUGUCUAGAUUCAGCGAUCUCAUUCCCACCACACAAAUUCCAAACAACUGAAACCUGAUGCGUAAACUCGCAAACUAUUAAUAGGAAAUCCUGGAAAUUACAUUCCUUCAAACCUCCCAUCCACUAAAUUAAAUAUGGCAAAAAAAAAAAAAAUAGCACACAGAUCACUCCGUACAGUUUGUCUUCCUCAGCAUGAAGAGAAAGAAGGCACGAGACUGUUGAUUUCCUUGCCCUUCCACGACAUAAGUCAAGAAAAAACAAACAAUCGAAGCCCUUUUGUUUAAUUUUUUUUUUCCUGAUGAAGACCAUCCCUGCAGAAGAUGCCACAUUGUUCGACGACGACGGCCGUCCCAGACGCACCGGAGAUGUGUGGACGGCGAGCGCUCACAUAAUCACGGCAGUGAUUGGGUCGGGAGUGUUGUCAUUGGCUUGGGCCAUGGCCCAGCUUGGAUGGGUUGGCGGCCCAAUUACCCUGCUCUUGUUCGCUCUCGUCACCUACUUCAAUUCCUCUCUGCUGUCUUACUGCUACAGGUCAGGAGAUGCUGUUUGGGGCAGCAGGAAUUAUACUUACAUGGACGCCGUCCAUUCCAAUCUUGGUAAGUUACAGGGCAAAUUAUGUGGGUAUGUCCAACAAAUCAACCUCUUCGGAGCGGCGGUAGGCUACACGAUAACAACGGGUGUAAGCAUGAUGGCGAUCAGCCAUACCAACUGCAUCCACCGGAGCGGCGGCUCCGUCGCCGCCUGCAGCACCGACGCCACCCCUUUCAUAAUUGCAUUUGGGAUUGUAGAGCUCAUCCUGUCUCAAAUCAAAGAUUUCGGCCAACUGUGGUGGCUGUCGACGGUGGCUGCAACCAUGUCCUUCACUUACUCCAUCAUUGGGCUGGGACUUGAAAUAGCCAAGGUUGCGGCGACGAGGAAGGUCAGGGGAAAUUUGACUGGAAUCAGAAUAGGUGCAACUAUCACUCCAAUUCAGAAGGUCCGGAGGGUCUUCCAAGCGCUUGGGAACAUCGCUUUCGCCUAUUCCUACUCCAUCAUCCUCAUCGAAAUUCAGGACACAAUCAAGUCGCCACCAUCAGAAGUAGAAACGAUGAAGGUCGCCAACCGAUUCAGCGUGGCAGUGACGACGCUCUUCUACAUGCUCUGCGCCUGCUUCGGCUACGCCGCAUUCGGCGACUCGUCGCCGGGCAACCUCCUAACCGCCACGGGGCUGAACCCAUACUGGCUGCUCGACAUCGCCAACGUGGCGGUCGUCCUCCACUUGGUCGGCGCGUACCAAGUGUUCAGCCAGCCGAUUUUCGCAUUCGUCGAGGACCAGGCUGCCCGGCGGUUCCCCGACAGCCGGUUCGUGAACAAGGAGAUCAAAAUCCGGCUUCCCGGCAGCGGCGACAAGGAUGGGAACUACUACUACGGCCUGAACAUGUUCAGAUUGGUGUGGAGGACGGUUUUUGUGGUGGUGUCGACGACGAUUUCGAUAUUGGUUCCUUUCUUUAACGACAUUGUUGGGUUGUUGGGAGCAAUUGGGUUCUGGCCGUUGACGGUGUAUUUUCCGAUCGAGAUGUACAUCGCCGGGAGGAAGAUAGUCCGGUGGAGUGGCAAGUGGGUGUUGUUGAAGUUGCUGAGCAUGGGGUGUCUUAUGAUCACCGUGGCGGCGGCGGCUGGGUCUAUCGCUGGAAUCGUUGAUGAUCUUAAAGCUUCCAAAGGUUUGUAGAGGAGGAGGGGAAAAAAUUGGUGUGGUCACACGAUGGAAUAAAUGAAAUCAUGUUCAGUUGUUGAGAAGAAGCUUAGAAUUUUGUAGAGAGUGGGGGAGUAGUGGUUAAUUAGUUUAGGUGUAAGCUUGAUUACACCUAAACUAAAGUGUUUUCAUUCGUCUAAUAAUAUACUAGGUGUUAUCGUGGAUAAUUAAGAAUAAUUGCAUUCUAAACUAUUGCAGUUUAGCCUGCGACGACUGUUUCAUAUUCAUGGUGAUCAUGGUUUAGGUGACAAUUACAAGUGUUUCGUGAAAUUAGGACGAGUUGAGCACAAGUGUAGGAUGUCGUUUACAAACCCCCGAGAAAAUAAAAACAUACAAGAUUGCAUCCUCAUUUUAGUAAGAAAAAGUGACUCUCCCUCAAAUCACCUAAGGCUUCCUCUAUAUCCUUAACCUUAGAGCGGGUAACUAGCACGCAUUGGAGAGAUAAAAAAAAUUUAUCCUCGAGUUGUUGAGCGAGUUCAUGUAUACGUGUUUACGACUAAGUAAGUUUUUGGCCAUCCACUAGAGCUAGUGGGCUCUUCCUUAUCUUAGGAAUACGAGAAGAUAUUUAUCGACAUUAUAAAAGUUUAUAACAAUCCGAAACCCCUAAUUCUCGAAUCAUUCGUAAGCAUGGUAGAGUUGCACCAAUUUCUGAGAAAAAUAGUAUCUACCUUGAAGGGAUUGCGCCUGAAGAUCAUAGGGAUAUUGCCUCUGCAACUAGUUUUCUUCUAGGUACCUUCUUUGUUAAGUACCUUGGGUUCCACUACUGGCAGGUAGAGAGGACCCUUGUUAUAAGUAACAAGUACGGCUGGCUAUUUGGUCCGAGUUUUUUGUUAUAUCCGAAACCGGAUUGUAUACCCGGAUUGGGACCGGAUAGUAAACAAUUCAAUCCAAUUUUCGGGUUUAGAUUUGAGAUAAAAAAACCGUUCGGGACCGGAUCGAAAACUGGGUAAAGACCGGAUAAGAGAGCUCAACACCCAAAACUUAAGUAAUUUGCAUAAACGGUCACAAACUUUUGCAUUUAGUACAAAACUUAACCAACUCCUCACCCUUUUAGGCCUUAGGCAACUCAAAUCCCCACAAGCUCAAUAUAAAAUCAAGACCGAAUUAGGACCGGACCGGGUCAAGACCGGACUGUAUCCAAUCUAGUCUUUGGUACUUAUAUUUUCAAUAAGACCGGACUGGACCGGAUCAAUUUGGGCCAAUUUAACCGGACCGGACCGUAUAGUCACCCCUAGUUAUAAGGGUAGAGCUUAAUGAAUUUUUUGAUUAAUC